AUGGCUGAGGAGGUCCUGGCUCUGCGAGAGCAGCUGUUGGCCGAGGCCACCUGCCCGUUGUGCCUGGAUGUGUUCGAGCAGCCCGUGCUCACGGCGUGCGGGCACAGCUUCUGCGGGCAGUGCCUGGCGGCCGUGCUGGGGGACCCCCCGCGCCCCGCCGCCUGCCCGCAGUGCCGCGCCCCGCUGGAGCCGGGCUCGCAGCGCCCCAUCCGCUCCCUGGGCAACGUGGCCGGGCUGGCCCGGUCCCUGGAGGAGGUGGCGGCGCGGCCGCGGUGCCCCCAGCACGGCGAGGCCCUGGCGCUGUUCUGCGAUCCCUGCGCCGCCCUGCUCUGCGCGCCCUGCCGGGACGGGCCCGAGCACCGCGGGCACCGUGUCCGCCCCGCCGAAGAGGCCGCCCGGGAGCUGCAGAAGAAAGUCCGGAGAAACCUGCUUUAUUUACAAGGAGAGAAGAAAAAAUUGAAUCACAGGGGAGACCAGAAAAGUGAAGACCUGCAGCAGCCGUGUCCCUGCGGGGGCAGCCGGAGCCUGGCUGGGCUCAGGGCCUCCGUGCGGUGCCUUGCAGGUGACAGUGAGCUGGAGCAGAUGUCCCAUGAGCUGGUCAGUAAGAGCGAGGAAUACAGGCACAGGGUUUUGGAGAGGCAGUCGCUGCUGGACACGGUGAUUGCGCAGAUCCAGGAGAAGCGGGAGCAGCCGGCGGUCGAGUUCCUCAAGGAUGUUGGCACAAUCCUGAGCAGCUGUGAGGCAGCCAAGGCCCCGAUCCCAGAGCCAGUUUCCCCAGAGCUUCAGAAGAGCAUUCAGAGCCUCACUUGGAAGAGCCAGCAGGUAGUGGACAUGGUGGAUAAAUUCAGAGUGAACCUGCGGAGUGAGAUAGACUGGGGCAUAAGGGAGCAGGUGACACUGGACCCAGAGACAGCGAAUCCUCACCUGAUCCUCUCAAAGAACUGCAAAACCGUCAGGUUAGGAGCUGAAGAACAAAAUGUCACUGACACCCCCAAGAGAUUCACGCAUUGGUGCAGUGUCUUGGGCACCCUGGGGUUCACAUCUGGGAGGCAUUACUGGGACGUGGAGGUUGGAGAAGAGGGCUGGUGGGCCGUGGGGGUUGCCCUGGAGUCCGUGCCCAGGAAGGAGCUACUCGCUCUGCAUGGAUCUGAGAAGGUCUGGGCCCUUCAGGAGGACUGGAGGGGCCAGUACAGUACAAUCUCCAAGACUCCACACCCGCUGGCACUCAGGGAAAAUCUCCAGAGAAUCAGGGUCUGCCUGGACUAUGAAAUGGGCCGAGUGACUUUCUACGAUGCAAAGGAUCUGAGGCAGAUCUUGCAGUUGGAGGCCACCUUCACUGAGAAAGUCUUCCCAUAUUUUUUGCUCUAUUUACAAGAAACUCAGGUCCGGGGAGUUUUUAAAAGCCCGAAAGCAGCUGGAAUUCGCCAAGUAGAGAUCCACGGUGUUAAAGUGAUAGCGAAAAUCACCACUCAGCAGAAAAUGGCUCUCGUGGCGGCACGGGCAGUCGAAGCACCUUUCCCGUGCCGCGGGCGGCUGGGGGCAGGAGGAAAUCACCAUUUAGCGGAAAAUGACGCUCGGAGGCGGCGGGGGCCGUGGGUAGCGGAGGGGCGGCCAGCGGCGGCUUUCGCCGAAUGCGCGGAGCUCCCGGCCGGGGACCGCGCGUACCGCACGGGCGGCAGCGAGCCGGGAGCCCCUGGCGCGGUGCCUGCCGGCAGCUCCGAGCCAACGGAGCGGGGCUGCGGCCCUCGGACGCACCGGAGCCCAGGGCUGCCGCUAGCAAAGGCUGCCCGCAUGGACCAGGGCGCUUCGGAGGCGCGGGAGCACCGGCGCCGAGAGCCUUUGAGCUUUGGGCGGCGGAGCCCAGAGCCGCGGCUCUCGGUGCCCAGCCUGGCGGCAGUGCCGCGGGACGUGUCCAGCGCAGAGCCACAGCCCAGCACGGCGGGGCUGAGCAAACGCGGAGCGGGAGCGGAGCGGGGCAAGGACCGGCGGCCAGCCCGGGCCGAGCGCGUCUGCCCCGCGGCGGUGCGCUGCGGCUGGCUCCAGUAUGACUAUGUUGGAGCGGUCCCGACCGCGGGCCGCUUCCUCCUCGGCAGCUUCCGUCUAUUCCACUCCAUCGCGGCCAUGGCUGAGGAGGUCCUGGCUCUGCGAGAGCAGCUGUUGGCCGAGGCCACCUGCCCGUUGUGCCUGGAUGUGUUCGAGCAGCCCGUGCUCACGGCGUGCGGGCACAGCUUCUGCGGGCAGUGCCUGGCGGCCGUGCUGGGGGACCCCCCGCGCCCCGCCGCCUGCCCGCAGUGCCGCGCCCCGCUGGAGCCGGGCUCGCAGCGCCCCAUCCGCUCCCUGGGCAACGUGGCCGGGCUGGCCCGGUCCCUGGAGGAGGUGGCGGCGCGGCCGCGGUGCCCCCAGCACGGCAAGGCCCUGGCGCUGUUCUGCGAGCCCUGCGCCGCCCUGCUCUGCGCGCCCUGCCGGGACGGGCCCGAGCACCGCGGGCACCGUGUCCGCCCCGCCGAAGAGGCCGCCCGGGAGCUGCAGGAGACACUCCAGAGAAACCUGCUUUCUUUGCAAGAACAGAAGGAAAAGUUGAAGAGCAGAGGAGACCGGAAAAGUGAACACCCGCAGGUGACAGUGAUAUUGGAGUUGCGGCGUGCAAUUCAGACAUACGAGGAGCUGCAGCAGUGCCUGGAGGAGCAGAAGAAAUUCGUGCAGGUCCAGCUGGUGCAGAUGUCCCAUGAACUGGUCAGUAAGAGUGAGGAAUACACGCGCAGGGUUUUGGAGAGGCAGUCGCUGCUGGACACGGUGAUUGCGCAGAUCCAGGAGAAGCGGGAGCAGCCGGCGGUCGAGUUCCUCAAGGAUGUUGGCACAAUCCUGAGCAGCUGUGAGGCAGUCAUGGCCCCGAUCCCAGUCUCCCCAGAGCUGCAGAAGAGCAUUCAGAGCCACUAUCAGAAGAGCAAACAACUCAUGGCCAUGGUGGAUAAAUUCAGAGUGAACAUGUGUCACAAGAUAGACUGGCAAAGGGAGCAGGUGACGCUGGACCCAGAGACAGCGCAUCCUCGCCUGCUGCUCUCGGACGCAAACAAAGCCGUCUGGUUCAGAAAUGAAGAACAAAACCUCCUUGACACCCCCAAGAGGUUCACAGGCAGCCUCAGCGUCCUGGGCUCCCAGGGAUUCACAUCUGGGAGGCAUUACUGGGAGGUGGAGGUCAGACAAAAGGGCAGCUGGGCCGUGGGGGUGGCCCUGGAGUCCGUGCCCAGGAAGGAGCCAAUCUACCAUGGCAGCUCUGAAAAGACCUGGGUGCUGCAACUGGACUGGGGCCACUACAGCGCACAAUCUAUGUCCACCGACUGGCUGGUAGUCAAGAAAAAGCUCAAGAGAAUCAGGGUCUGCCUGCACUAUGAAAUGGGCCUAGUGACCUUCUACAAUGCAAAGAAUAUGAUGCAGAUCUUCCAGUUUAAGGCCACCUUCACUGAGAAAGUCUUCCCAUAUUUUUCGGUCUCCUCAAAAGGAACCCACAUCCGGGUGUGUCACUGACAGGGUGGGAUGGCUGCCGGGCCCC